UUUACAUCAUAUCUGGGAGAAGUCGAUGAAUCUAUCUGCAUAUCUUACCGAAGUAUUCCAUUUAGAAAAUAACACAUAAAAGUCGUCACUAUUUAAGAGUUAUGUUGGAAGAGUCGCUUCGCGCUGAAACAUUGAUUUUUGUUGCGGGUCCCGAGCACACGGUUUGGACGACUUCACUUGACGAUUGAUAAACGUUGCAGCAACACGAGGAAUCGGGCACUCGGAGGAAUUUCACAAACCACUUCGGAUAAUUGUUUCAACUUUACUUUUAAGCUCAUGUUGGAGGGUUUGGCUUCCUUUUCUUUUUUUUUCUUUCUUUCUUUUUUUUUUUGACUUCAUAAUGGAUGUUGGGUGUUUUAGUUUUUUAUUAAGAUACAAAGCAGUUGUUCGGAGCUAGAGGUGGGCAGACAGUUUUGUUAUUACAACUGUCUGUAUACAGGAAUUGGCUGAGCGAAGUUAUAAAAAGGAUGAUUCAACUUUUGGCAGGUGUUUUUGUGUGGAUGUACGUGUAGUUAACAAUUGCAGUUACAACUAGGUAGGCUAUCAUGGGAAACAACAACAGUGGCCAGAAACUUUUGAAAGAAGACAUUGACUUUCUAGUACAGAAUACAAACUUCUGUAAAUCAGAGAUUAAACAGUGGUACAAAGGUUUCAUGAGAGAUUGCCCAGAAGGUCAGUUAUCGAAGGAAAAGUUUAAGGAAGUGUACGCGCAGUUUUUCCCUGGUGGAAAUCCCGAUGACUUCUGUGAGCAUGUGUUCCGCUCGUUCGACAAGGACCACAGUGGUGCGAUCGAGUUCAAGGAGUUCCUCAUGGCCAUUAACAUCACCUCACAGAAGGGCAAGGCCGGGGACAAACUGAACUGGGCGUUCGGAAUGUACGACAUCGACGGCAAUGGAACAAUAGAGAAGAAAGAAAUGGAGUGUUUAAUAGGAGCCAUCUACAACAUGCUUGGAAACCAGCUAUCGAAGACGUUUGACGAUACGCCACAACAACGGACAGAAAUGAUUUUCAAGAAAAUGGACACAAACCAAGAUGGUGUGUUAACGCGUGAGGAGUUUAUUCAGGGCUGUCUGGCCGACACCACGCUCUACCAGAUGUUAACUGCUGACUCAGAAACUGGGCAGGACUAAGACAAUGUAACGAAUGACAAAACACUAACAAAUACAAGGACCAAUCUUGGUAACAUUUCUUUCAUGCCUUUACUUGACAGGUCACACAAAAAAAGAAGCAACUCUGUGGGAUUUUGCUUUUCUGUUUUGUGGAUGUUUUUGUAUUACACAAAAGUAAAAAAAAAGUAAAGUGUGAUUUAAAAAAAAAAAUUGGAAUGUUCUUGGAAAAAUAAAACAUUUCUUAAGCUAAUUCAUGGAAGUCUAGCUGUUUAUUGAUGGAACACAGAUAAACUGUUCAGUUGGUACUGAUUUUAUAUCAUUGGAAAAACAAUGGACUUAAUGUUUGGAUGUGUGUAAAUAUAUAAAUGUGGCCUUCCUCGGGAAACGGCCUAGAAAAGUGGCAUUAACAUACUAAUUUUCUUGCAAUGUGUGAUGGAACGAGACAGACUUAUAACUCAGUUGAAAAAAAAAAUUUCUUAAGAAACAAAGAAUCCUUUAAUAUUAUUUUAAUUGUUAAAUAUAUACAUUUCCAUCUUAAAUCCUAAAUUUUAGCACAAAAAGAAAGUCAAGAACGAAAGCAGACUGUUUGCUUACAUAUUAGUUCUAAUAUCCAUAAUGUAAUAUUUUCACUUACCGGGUACUGCUUUUUGUUACAACAAGAAAUACCCAGUCGGGUUUUGCACAGGGUAUAAAUGGUUCAGAUUAAAUUAUUCUUGUUUUAAACAUAAUUGGUCACCUGGGUACAGAUUUUCUAAGCUAUCUCAGCACUACGGUAUGUUGUGAAAUCACUGUAAGCUAUGAUGUAACUAUAACACACAUCAUUUCUUUUGAUGGUUCUAUUAUAUCAUAGCACUGACAUAACUUCCAAAAUGGGUUCUGUUUGCUAAUUGCUACCACAAUUUUGAGUAGGCAUCUAGAAAUUUAGUGUUAAUCACCUAUGGCUCCUAACUGACCUCUAACUCAUGCUAUGGGCAAAUUGGCCUCGAAACUUGCUACAUGUGAUUUCAAUCCCUGAUUUUAUUUUUAGGUUGAUCUGCAUUAUUGUAUGCUUAACCAUAACAGUGUAAGGAAAUGCAUUUUAAGACACGGGUACUAAACAAAAUGUAUACUAUGAUUCUGUUUUAAAAUGGGAAUGGACUGACAUUUUUGUCUGCAAUAUUUGCAGAAAGAAUGUAUUAUGUUUGCUGAUGUGAACUAAAAGUAAAAGUAUCCAAUUUUUUCUCACACAGUUAAUUCUAACUGGUUGGAGAUGAGACCAAAAAACCAACAACAGAAAGUCAUAUCAAUAGUAAAUGUGUUUGUUUUGUUGGUCAAGAGAACAUCUAUGUCUGAUUGGUUGUCAUGAGUGUAAUGAACACCAGACUCGCCUAGCUUAAAUGCAAAUUAUCAAUACAAUCUCAGUGGUGAAGGGGUUAAUCUGUUGGCCUAAAGCUGGUAGGUGCAAGGCUCUGUGUCUAAGGGAUCUCAUUGAUUUCUUAUGUCCUGUCAGACAACACAGAUAGAUCAGUUUGAAUGCCCAGGACAGCGUGUUUGAACCUUAAGUGAAUAUUAGCACAACAUAAAUGAAAAAUAACAUCAAUUGCUACCAUACUGGUUUUCAGUUGGUACAUUAUAUAACACUGAAAAAACAUACAAAACAACCCAUUUACUUUGAAUUAAGUUUUGGGGUUUUUUUCUGUUUUUGCUUCACAUAACACUGAUACUCCACUUUCACUAGAGAUAUACCAAAUAUAUGUCAUGAUUAAACAAUUUGUGCAUAUUUAAAUUUUUGCAAUAUGUGACCCGCUCUGGUGAAAUCAGUUGCAUGUCGCAGUUGCUGAUUUUGCGUAAUGAGGCAAUUAGUGAAAGAAUACACUAUCUGGUGAAAAUUGCGAUUUUGACAGAAAACAGUACCUACAUGUUUAAGUUAUCAUUUCAAACUACCCUCGUUUAAUUUAAUAAUGUCUAAAUACUUUUUAUUACAAUUUUUAGUUGGGGUUAUUAUUCAGAGAGUCCGAAUUAGGCUGUUCUUUGUUGAUUUUCACCACUUUGAAUCUCAGUAGCCAUUUGGUGAAUAGCUUCAUAUUUGGUAUCAAAUUGCAUCAAAAUAAUUCCUCUACACCAUCCUUUCAGUGACGUAUUGGUAUGACUUAACUAGGCAGGCAUUUUAGCUAAUUGAUAUACGGCCUUUGAUUGGUCACUGAAAAGGACACUGCGGCUUUCUGGGUAAUCGAAUGAGAAAUAGCCCAAUGGACCUACCCCUACCGUUAAGGAUCGAUUCUAGACCUACCACACAUGAGGCGAACACUUCACCACUGGGCUACGUCACACCUGGAUGUGAUGAAUGUUCCAACUUGAUAAUACAUGUACUGUGAUAAAUAAUAUCUUUAACUCGUAGGUUUUUAAUUGUACAAACAUAACCGUUACGAAGCUGUCAAGUAAUGACUCAUUGUUAACCUAUUACAUUUUAAUGUUUAAUUUGUUUUACAUAAUAAAACCUUUAUUUGAAAAUGACUUUUAAAGCCCAUUAUACAUGCACCUUGUUUUCAAGGCACUGGUCAUCAUUUAGAAAUGUUGGUAAAAAUGAAACUCAAUGAAUAGCAUGAGGUGAUGAGAAAAGACAGGAUUAUUUCAAAGUGUAUAGAAGAGUCUGUGAGGUCUGCUUUCCAUUGACGCCAUUGCACGCAUGUGAGUUUAUCAAUACAGUGUGUUUACACAGUACCUUUUUUUAUAUACGCAACUCUACAUGUGGGCAUUUAGCAAACUUAAAAAAGUAUCUUAAUGAACAAUUUCUGGACUUGAAUUUUUCAACGUGCUAAUGUCAUAACUCGAAGUAUUUACUUUCGAGUCCAAAGUACACUUUGACAACAUCAAAUCUUUGAUAGUAAUCUGCUUGUAAAAAUGCAGAUAUGGAAAAACAUAUUUCUCCACACGUAAACACACAGCCAUGAUAAAUCACACAUGGCCAUGAUAAAUCACACACAGCCAUGAUAAAUCACACACAGAAUCGUGCUAAUGGAAAGUGGGUUUUACUGCUGUAUAGUGGAAUACGAAAAUGAAAGUUAAGACUUUGAAACUUGUAUCACCGAAGCAUCUGUUUAUGAUGUGUAGCUUUAUGCACACUAUGCCAGUUUGUUUGCAUAUAAUAGAUGUUUUUAAAAAUAUGACUUUAUUUUACAAGGUAAUUGUUUGUGAUUGUACAUCUAAUUUGCUUUGUGUAAGAGAUUUUAUUGUACACUGUUUUGGUAUGUUUGGGGAGUUUUGUAUUCUGUUUGUUACAAAUGUCUAAGUGUUUCAAGCACACCAAAUAUCUGGAGCAUGUUAACAGCAUAAAUGUUUGAUUUUGUUUGUGCAAUAUCUUUUGUUAAACGUUUUCAUAAAAUCUGGAAUUUAAAAAAACCUUUUGAAAUGUGGACUCUGGCUUAAAAUGUUAUAGAAGAUUUAUUAACACCAGAAUAAUGGAAGCCAUGACAGAAAUAUGUUCAUUAUAAAAAGAAUUUUUCUGAAAGACAUCAUCUGAAGGGGGAUUAAUGACUAUUUGUGACAUCAGAAUUGGUAUUAAAAAACCCAUAUUGAAUUAAACAACAGUGUGUCUGAACAAUAUAAACUACUUUUUAGACAUUAUACAUAUUAGUGAAAUAAAAACAUACUUCAUAAGCUCAUUUGUAAUUCAUAAAUAUUUUUAUGAUCUUAAAAAAAAAAAUAGCAACUAAAAAUGAAAACAUUUUUGCUUUGAAAAUACUUAAUACAGACAUUAAAAACAUGUUUCAUUUUCAAACUUGUUUAUCUUUUCUUGUUUACUUCUUACAUUAGAAGGAAUGAUAUUAUGUGUGUUUUUCAUGUAUAGAUGGUUAUUUAGACAUCACCAAUUACAAGGUUUUUGGGGGGUUUUAAAAAUGAAUAUAUACUGACUGUUAUAUAUCAGUUAUUACAUUGAUCAAUGAAAAGUUAAAAUCAAAACACUGUCCUUUAAAGUAAAGUACACAUUUAUUUAGGCUUGUGCUUCAA